AAGUGUUAACUCCUCAUUCUUUAACUAUUUGGGGAAAUGCCCCCAACGAUCACUAACUUGUUUGGAUUUGAACUGGGUCUUUGCUCGGCUUCGUCCUGAAGCAUCAGAAUUGUCAAAAUGUGCUCAAGAUAUUUGGGAUUUAUUCUUCUGGUUUGGUUUCCAGGAGCACUACACGCACAAAGUGCAGCUCAGCCUUGUCCUGCUCCCUCACUGGUCCAUGGUUAUGUAUUCCCUGUUAAAGAAACGUAUUCUCAUGACUCCAAGCUCACCUAUGCCUGUAGAAACACACGUAAACCAGCUGUGCAGGGUUGGUGGGCAGAGAGCGUGUGUCAAAAUGGCACAUGGUCUCCGACGCCACGAUGUAUCGGUGAAACUGCCUGUAUCCCACCAACCAUACCCAAUGGCAAGUACACUCAGAGCUCAGAUGGUUUGUACGAGAACGGAGACGUAAUAAGGAUCUCAUGUGACGAAGCGUAUGAACACAAAGACCAUGACGCUACGGGCAAAUGUAUAAAUGGGACGUGGUCCUCUUUGCCCGUCUGCGAGAGAAGUAUGCUCGCCUGCAGUGAGCCUCCCAAAGUCCCCCAUGCUGUGAUCACUGGUUUGGGCUAUCAGGAGUUGUUCGCUGCAGAUUCAGAAGUGCAGUACGAAUGUGAGGAUGGAUACAUUAUAGAGGGAGUGCACAAAAAAUCCAUAAUCUGCUUAGGUGGAAACUGGACUGAAGGCCCCGUCUGCAGCAGAGGAAGAGGACCAGGUACUGAUCUUGGUACCUCUGCAGUGGGCGGAACAAGUGGGGGACACACUUCAACUGCUGGCGGCCGCAGACCAGGUAGUGGACAUGGAGGGACAGGUACUAUAUCUGCUGGCAGUGGGACACGGCCUGUGGGUGGAGGAUCAUCGACCAGCUCUGGAUCAAAUGAAGAGGAGAUUCAAAAUGCACCAAUUGAACGCUGUGGAAAACCCCCCCGUAUCCACAAUGGUGAUAUUGUGCAAACUAGAGAGAUGUAUUUGAAAUACGCGUGCAACAGCUUUUACAGAUAUGUGGGUCCAAAGACAGUGGUGUGUCAUUCAGAUGGCAAAUGGUCAGAUGUGCCCAGCUGCAGAGCUACCUACUGCUAUGUGGACACUCGGCAAUAUCCUGAAUUAGAACCUGAUGGAGUGAAAUAUGUGAAAGACGGUGAGAAGGUGUCAAUGGCAUGUGUGGACGACUGGUUGACACCUCAUUUUUCUGUGGUCCGCUGCUCUGAUGGAAUUGUUAGGUUAAGUGAAUGUUGUAUGUGGAUCACAACAAAGUUGGACCGCUGCUCAGGCACUUUGAUGAAGUGGACGAUGUUCACUGAAUGAAAACAGAUGCCAGCCUGGAAAACUGAAGUUAUGCCUGUGAUGAUACAUAUGAUGUAACAUUUUAUCAUGUUGGCUUUUUCUAAAGCCAAUUUCAGGCUUCUCAUAAAUUCCUACAACAAUU